AUGUUCUUCAAUUCUACUUACUCGUUGUUUUCUUUCUUCAAUAGAUAUAUGAAUUCUUAGUUUUUAAAUUAUACAAUCAUAAAACGAGUUAUUAUUUAUCUCAAUAUUUAAUAUUCUUAGUUUUCAAUGAAUCUAAUUAUCAAUCCUGAUCUACUCCACUAUUCUAUAUAUUAAUUCUAUUCGUCUCUUGAUACAAACGAUGCUUUUAGAUCUAAGUAAUUGUCCAAUUUGAAUAUUUCAGUCCAUACAUUCUCUCUUUAUGAGUAAGAGUCUCGAAUUCAUUCAAAUAAAAUAUUGCAUUUAAAUUAUUAGCUCUCAUUCCUUAUAGUAGUUUUGGAUAUUAAUUCAUACAAUUUUAAACACUUUGCCUUUUUUAUGUAUUUAGAUCCAUAUAAUCCUGGAGUCAUUUCUUGCCUUUAUUCAUUAUUGCCAUAAUUUUAAUAAUUUUAUCGAUCAAUCAGCUUCAAAACUUCUUAUUUUAUUAUACGUAUUAUAAUUAUUACUAUCGUAUUCAUUAUGUUUAACAUAAACCACCAUAGUAAUCUUGCAAUCCCUACAUUCUCUCACAAAGAAUGUUUGUAAACAUUCAAUUCAUAUCAUUAGGUCAUUCCAACUUCGAUCAAGCAAAUGAGGGAGUCCAUUCAAAUACCAUACAAUCAAGACAUCAUGAAAGCUAGCACCAUCUUAGAAGUGGGUUUACGAACUCGUAAUACUCAUUACAAAGAGCGAUUAGAAGAUUUAUACCUCAAAUAUGCAGAUGGUUGCAUUUAUAGGGGUCAAGGUAUUCCACCUUCUUAAAGACAUGGCAUGAGAGUCCUAUUCAAUACUGAAAGUUAGGAGGUUUAUUCCGGAGAAUGGUUCAACAACCUUUAUGAGGGAUUUGGAAUUUUGAUUAACCAAUCUCCACAUUUGAUUAAACAUAAAAUUGACCCCAAGGAUUUAAAUACUAUUGAAGAUAGUUGGAAUGAUUACAAAGGCUAUUUUAAAUAAAUAAAAUGCAUAGGGAAGAAAUUUGAAGGUCAUUUCAUUAACGGUAUGAUUCAUGGUAAAGGUCGUUUUUAUGGAGACUAAAUUAUUGUUGGAAAUUGGUUGGAAGGUGUUUUAAUUUGA